ACCCAUAAUACAACAGAAAGUUUACAAUCAAAAAUGAAGUCAGAAGAGAAAAGGAUCUGCACACAAAUGGUUGUGUUUUGUAAAGGAUUACGUUCUGUGUACAAUGACACUCUCUUGAAGUGAAUUAUAAAUUCUUAGAAUAACAAAAUGAUUUCAUUUUUACUUAAAUAAAUGCAGUGUUUAUCACAGGGAAAAAGAAAUGAGGAAAAUCACCUUGGAAGUUUUCACAUUGCAACUUCCCCUAUCAAAUUUAUAUUCAUACAGGGAUAUUAAACCUACGAAGAUGUAGAUAAUUCGGUGAUGAAGGAUAUAAGUCAAAGUAUGAAAAAUUGUAGAAGCCACAUGAAACGAUCGAGAACGAUUGCUAUUAGUAGUUUUGGUGAUAUGUCUCCAUCAGAAUCUCUUCUAAACUCCAGCCUCCCAGAGGUAGAGGAAGAAUCUCCACUGUUAAAAUCCCGUGCGCCUGGAGCAUCUUGUCGAGCUCUACGACAUGCUGUCUCCUCACUUACUAGACUAGAUGAUUUUAAUCAUGAAAAAAUAGGACAUGGAUUUUUUGCAGAAGUUUUCAAGGUAACUCACAAAGUCUCUGGUCAAGUUAUGGUGCUGAAGAUGAAUACAAACUCUGAAAAUCGUCCUAACAUGUUACGUGAAGUACAACUUAUGAACAGACUAUCACAUCCAAACAUUUUACGGUUUAUUGGUGUAUGUGUUCAUGAGGGACAACUCCAUGCUUUAACAGAGUAUAUUAAUGGUGGAAGCUUAGAUCAAGUGGUGGCUGAUAAAGACUUUGAACUUCCAUGGACAGCCAAAUUAAGUAUGUCAUUAGAUAUAGCCAAGGGGAUGGAGUAUUUACAUUCAAGAGGCUGGUUCCAUAGAGAUCUGACAUCUAGAAAUGUAUUAGUGAGAAUUACAGAAGGCAAUUUACAAGCUGUAGUGGCAGACUUAGGACUGGCAGCAAAAAUUCCAGAUCAACUAAACAAGACAGAAAGGUUGUCCAUAGUAGGUUCACCAUAUUGGAUGGCUCCAGAAGUCCUUAAUGGAGAAUGGUAUAAUGAACAGGCUGAUAUAUUUUCCUACAGUAUUAUAUCCUGUGAAAUAACAGCCAGAAUAGAUGCUGAUCCAGAUUUUAUGCCAAGAACAUCGAGAUUUGGAUUAGAUUAUGUCAAGUUUUGUGAGAUGGUAUCAUUUUGUCCUUUGGAUUAUCUCAGGUUGACCUUCAGAUGUUGUCAGAUUGAUCCAAAGAAGAGGCCAAGUUUUACAGAGAUAGCUCAUUCAUUAAUUCAGAUUCAACAGAGGUUAUUAGAUGAUAAUCUUAAUACUCCAGAGAAACAACAUAUCAAAGGAAAUGCUUUAACUGGUCACAAAAGGUCCAAAUCUGAGGACAAUAUAUUAAAUCUGACGGAUGUAGUAGAGGAUUAUAGUGAACCUUUGACCCCUCAGGUUGUAGGAGAAGCAAUGAGUAAAGAUGAUCCAUUCUAUGUUCCUGCUGAUGCUAAUCCUUUUGUUGCCUUUCAACGAUAUGGUGGGAAAAUAUUAGGUACUCCACGUAAUAGAGACUCUAUGGGUUUUGAUCUUCCGUCUCCAUCAGAUGCCCUAACUCCACCAUGUACGCCCAGAACCCCUGAUAUUUUUGGUAAAAGACAAAACACAACUGAAAGACGAAGUCAGUCUUUACCAUCCUCUCCAAUGCUUUUAAGAAAAGCAGCAGAACGAUUCCAUCAAGAAUCACUGCACGGAUCAGGGUCAAGGAAAAACUCAAAUACAAGAGUAUCGUUAUGUCCUCGAUCAAAAUCCACUAUAUUCCCUGAGGAAGUAGCUCAUAGACUACAGAAUGAAAUUGAUGAAAAUUCAAACAAUGCAUUGACCGAGGAGGAUUGGUCAAAGUAUAGUAAAACAUGGGAUGUGAAAUCUUCUCGAAGGAAUAAUCGUAAAACUUGUCGAAAGUUAUAUGUGUGCAGACAGUUAAGUGAAGAUUCACAGACGAGUGUUAUCAGUACGGCUGAUAAUUGUGUAGAUGAAAAUCGUUUUAAUUUCGAUUUAGGAACUUCCCAAACAAGUUACCUGAAUAAUCAAGAGGAAGAAUUUGCCAAAAAGUUAAAUGUCUCAUAUCAGGAGUCUGUUUCAUCAUGUGUUGAUGACAAAUUGACAGGUACGAAAUCAAGUAAAGAUGUUAAUGGAAAUCAAAAGUCAAAUCAAAGUAGUAGAGAUGGAUCUGAUUUACAGAAAAAUGGAAAGAAAAAGGAAACAGUUGUCAAAUUAAACAGAACAAUAAUGGAAACUAGAGUGUAACAUUGUAGCAUGACAUGUUUAGGAUCUGUUAAUUAAAAUGU